AUGGCAGCGCCACCGGGCGCCCCCCGCGCCCUCCCGCUCCUCAUCCUCAUCUUCCUCCUGCCCGGGGGGGGACCCGCAGGGCCCCCCCCGGGCUGGCCGUGGGGUGACCCCGCCCCCACCCCGGCACCCCCAAUGGCCCCCCCGGGACCCCCCAGGCCGCGCUGCAGCGGGAACCGGCCCGGGCCCCGGUGCCCGCCCCGCCCCCCCCGGCUCCGCCUGGACGUCGCCGCCUCCCCCGAGUUCGGAGCGGCCCCGGGACCGAGAGCGGUGCCCGCGGGGGGACGCGUGUUCCUGCAGGUGUCGCUGUCCCGCGCUCCCCCCGGGCUCGGUUUCUCGCUCCGCCGCUGUUUCGUGUCCCCGCGCUCUUCGCCGGUCCCGCCGCGGGGUCCGGCCCCGGUGCCGCGGCCGCUCGUGGUGCUGCGGGGCGGCUGCGGCGCGGGGCGGGCGCGGCGGCGCCUCCGGGGCUCGUUCGUGCUCCCGGCGCGGUUCCCGGAGCCGCUGCAGUUCCUGCACUGCCGCCUGAGCCUCUGCCGCCACCGCGGCACCGGCACCGGGACCCCGCCCGGGCUGCCCACGUGCCGGGCCGAGCUUUGUCCCCGCCGAGGGGGCGGAGCCUCCGGUUCAGGCCCCGCCCCCCGCCCCCGGCCCCGCCCCGGUCCCGUGCGCACCGUGACCCGCCCGAUCGUGGUGACCCUGGGGACACCAGCGACCCCCGCGCCCGGUGCCCCCCCGGGGCUCCCCCCGCUGCCGUUCCCGCCGCCCCCGCCCCUCCCGCGCCCCCCGCCCCCACCCCGGGAGCGGCCCCGCGCCCCCCCCGCGGCCCCCCCCGUGCCCCCCGGGGCCGUGGCCGCCGUUUCCUUCGGUGCCUUCGUGGUGGGGGUGGCGCUGGCGGGGGGGCUCUGGUUCAUGCACGGCCGGACAGCCCCUCGGCCUCCCCCCGGCCCCAGCGCUGCCCCCCAGCCCAGGAGGGGCCAGGACACCCCAGCCGUGUCUCCAGCCAGGGCAGAGCUGCACCCCGGGCUCAUCGCACUGGAGGCAGGAGACAGGAGCAGCAAACUGGGAAAUUCAUUCAUUAAUCAUUAA